AGAUUAGAUAGCACAAUUAGAACUGUAUUAUUAUUCAUGUAGUAAAUUGGUUUCAAUAUAAGUAUUGAAUUAUAUUUUAAAUUCAAUAUGAAAAUCUAUGUUCCUUAAGAUUGCAAUUCAUAAUGUUUGUCGAGGAUUUAGUCAAAGGGUUCUACGAUGUUAUUUUGAAAACUAAAAUAUUAAUUUUGGCCAAUUAUGAUGUUGAUGCUAUUUGUGCUGUAAAAAUCCUUCAAAGUAUUUUACGGUUUGAUAAUAUAAUUUAUGUACUUGUUCCUGUAAAAACAUUGACAGAAUUAAAAAAAGCCUAUGAUGAACAGAAAAUUGAUGUAAAACAUGUAGUAUUAAUAAAUUGUGGAGGAACAAUAGAUAUAAUUGAAGAAUUAGAACCUGAUGAAGAUGUAAUUUUUUUUAUAAUUGACAGUCAUAAACCCACAGAUGUAUGCAAUAUCUAUAGUAGUUCACAAGUUAGAAUUCUUGCUCCCCCAGAAGAUGACGAAUCAAUUCCAGAUUUUGAAGACAUCUUUAAUGAAAAUGAAUCUUCAGAUGAUGAGAGUGAUUUUAAUGAUAUUGAUGAUGAUAACAAUGAUACUGUAGAAGAACAACAAAAUAAAAGAAGAAAAUUAGACCAAAAUGCAUUAAUAAAAAGAAGUAAUAGAAGAAAAUGGGAGGAAAAUAGGAAAAAGUUAUUAUUUGAUUAUACUCAGUUCACAUAUUAUGGACGUUCGAGUGCCAUAUUAAUGUUUGACUUAUCAUGGAAAUUGCAUCGAGAAUCAAUUGAUUUAUUGUGGUGGGGUAUUGUUGGAGUAACUGAGCAGUAUAUAUUAGGUAAAACUGAACGCAUGCGCUAUUUAAAAGAAGUUGAAUUGAUUGCAGGUCAUAUAGGACGAAUUUGUGAGUCUUCAAUAAAUAAUGAUGAUGUAGAAAAUAUGUCACAAACAUUAUCCAAACCUUCAAAUACUUCUAUACAACUUCGAAUUGAAUCUGAAAAAGAUUUAUUAUUAGCAUUAUACAGACAUUGGACUAUUGAGUCUAGUCUUCGAUAUUCUAUGUUCACAGCAGUUUCUUUAAAACUCUGGACUAUAAAAGGAGAAAAGAGGUUGAAACAAAUUUUAGCAGAAAUGGGAUUGCCUUUGGCUGAAAGUCGACAAAUGUAUCACUCAAUGGAUUUAAGUUUACGUAAGCAAUUUUAUGGUAUGAUGGAAAAAAUAUCCAAUGCUCAUAAUUUACUUCAAAUGACAUAUCCAUCAUUUAUGCUACAUCAAGGGUUUAAAACCAGAUAUCAAUGUGCUGAUUAUGUUUACUCCAUGGUAGCAACAUUAGAAAGUAAUUCACGUGACAAAACGCCCACAGAGUGUUUUUAUAAUGCAAUGGAUUCAUUAUCAAGAUCUAAAAAAGAUUUGCUAGAUCAAGGUAUUGAAAAAGCAAAAUGGAUACUUACUAAUAUGUUUAGACACGUUCAGGCUGCAUUAGAUAUGAAACAAGUUAUUUCAGCUGGACCAUUUUACUAUUUAAUUGUUCAAGAAGGUACAUUACACUCUUACCAUUAUUCUAAUCCACAUUGCUUGAUAAUGUUGGCUUCUUUUGCUCUAAGAGCUCAAGUUGCAUCAACUCGAAAAGCAAAAGCCACACGUUUGCCUUUAAUAGCUUCAGCUUCACUUGAUCCUGAACAAGAAACUUGCCUGGUAAUUGGAAUUCCACCUAUUACUGAAACAAUGCCUCGAAGUUUUUUUGGAAAAGCUUUUGAGCAAGUAGCCAAUAAGACAAGCAUUGAUAUUUCAAUGGAUUACUUUGAUUCGUCAAUUGUAAAAAUGCAAAUCAAAGAUCGACCAAGGUUUUUUGAUGCAUUGACAGCAUUGCUUAGUUGAUGAG